AUGAUAGCCCAUGUAGAGAAGGAGGAGGAAAGGGGGGUAGGGGGGGGAGGAAAAAAGAGGGGCCAAAGGGGGGCAACAAGGGGGGGCCCGGGGGAAACAAGGAACCAACACGCCCCCCACCCCCCCCACCCCCCCCACCCCCCCCCACCCCCCCCCACCCCCCCCAAAACCCCCCCCACCCCCCCCCCACCCCCCCCCCAUCCCCCCGGGGGGGCCCCCCCCCCCCCCCCCCCCCCAAAACCCUCCCCCCCCUCCCCCCCCGCCCCCAACCCCCCCUUUUCCCCCUUUUUCCAUCUCUCUUUCCAUCUCUCCUCUCUCUUUCCAUUCUCUCGCUCUCUUUCCAUUUCUCUCUCUCUCGCUCUCUUUCCAUUUCUCUCUCUCUCUCUCUCUCUCUCUCUCCCCCCCCAGGGCCUGACCAAGCAGAUGUACCCCAGUGUUCCUGUGGUGGACAGUGAGCUCUUCCAACUCAGCAUGCGUCUCUUCAAGAAGACUGUAGCCGCCGCCAGCAGCAACCAGCCCCUGUUGGGGCCCCCAGCAGGCCCAGAGAAGGCCAACAAGGGGCCACCGGGGCUGGUACCGGCAGCUUCACCAGUAGCCAAGCCCGGUACACCACAGCCCUCCGAGGUGUGUCUCUCCUGA